AUAACGAUUCGCGUUGGAUGAGGUUCAGUGCGAGUGAUCGGUCCCAAUGUAAUUCUCCUGGCUGUGUUAUUUAUUAGUUUCUACAACUAAUUAACGACAUUUGCAAUUAUUCGUUCAGUUUGUGUAUUUACAUCUAAGUGCGGUAGGUGCUAACUGCAGUCGAGGCAUCCACGCCCCCUCCCCAUAAAAAAUAAGCGACGAAACGCUGUUCAUCCCACGCUUUUCCAAGUCUCAACUGCCCUCCAUUCCAUCUGCUUUCAACCUCCCUCCCUCCCUCGUUGCUUUUCUCUGUUGUGUUUCAAUGCCUUCACAACCCGUCACCACACAGAGAAUGGACCCCACGAUUCUCAUCUUUUUACUGUACGUGAUGAUAGCCCAUGAACUGGUUUGCGGCUGGAUGCAAUAUCGAAGACAAGCAGCCAAGCCCCGGAAACGUCCCUGCCCAGUGUGGAGCUCGAGCAUUCGGGUGUGCCAUGGGACAUUUCGAGUCAGCAGCCAGCCGGUGAGAUCAGAACGGGUCAGAGACUGGAGGAAGAGUGGCAGGAUUGUCAGAAAGGCCUGAGAGACGCAGGGAUGGAGGGAAAGAUAGAGAUGCAUGAAAAAGGACCUCUCCACUUACCUGAGGACUGAAGGCAAAAUCCCCCAAACAAACAGGGACUGAAAAUGCCCCAGCAGAACAUCACCAGGGAAGAUACCCAGCAUCUGGUGAUGUCUAUUGGGAACAUUCAUUGAGUGCAAAGGAUUUGCUACCAAGCACUAAAUACAAUGACUUUACGAGUGAUUAUGUUAAUUUGUCCAAUUGCUUUUGUCCCCUAAAAAGGCAGACUAUGUAUAAAAAGGGCUGUAAUUCCUACAUGCAUCAGGUACUUGCGAAAUUCGUACAGAAUGUACUGUAUCCGGUCAGAUCAAAAGUUUAUCAGUGUGCUUCUAAGGAAUGUCAGUGCAUAUUUCAAGAUCUACCUGACAUAUAAGAUUUAUGUCCUUCCUACUUAUAGAAAAACAAACCUAGUGUUUUAAUUCCGUGCAAUUAGUAAAACUGCAUGGUGCGCUGCAAUGCAUUAUUGAUAUGAUGAGGUAACAUUUUCGGAACUGGGAAGUUUCAGUAUUUGAUGUAACUCGUUGUAUACAUGUGACUCUCUUCUUUUUUUUCUUCAAACGAUUGUAUUUUUGGAAUUGUGUAUUUUGGUGGUUUGUUUUGUACUUAUGCUGUCUCAUGAUUUCAGUACACGAUACAAUACUGUAUGACUUUAAUUAACCAACACAGAGCUCCACCGUGAGAGAUCCAAAAAUAACCCUCUUCAUUUCUGUGUUGGUGGAAGUCUGUACCGAUAAAUUCUUUCAUUGCUGCUUUAAGUUUGGGAAAAUUAAUUCUUGUUCUAACAACCUCUAGUCUUAAAUAUUUUUUCUUAUGGGUUUUUAAAAACCCUUUUAAUUUGCAGGGACUGCAUGUAAGAGUGUUCUUGUGCGCGCAAGGGUGUAUGAUGUUCCUUUUUCAAGAAACUGCGGUCUGGUCAGGUGACUAAAUGGCACUUACUGUAUACAGACCUGCCCGUACACUGGAUCACACAUUUAUAAAUCUCAGUGAGAGAAAGAGUUGUUCGUUGCAGUGGCAGAAAUCCUUUUUGAGCUGAGACGAGUCACCAGACCUGUUUUGACAUCCUUCAAGCCCGACCUGGUCCUAAAGAUGAAUUUCACGCCGUCCCUGUCCACCCUUACCAUCAACCGCAGCCUCUCAGAGUUCUGUGAACCAGAGUCCCAGCACAUCUCUAUCGCUGUGAGCCUCGGCCUGGUCUUCCUGGGCGGGGCCGUGCUCAACAGCUUCAGCCUGUGGGUCUUCUGGUUCCGCAUGAAGCACUGGAGCGCCGGCACCAUCCUGCAGUUCCACCUGGGCCUGAGUGACGCCAUCGUCACCCCUGUCACGCCUCUGAUGGCCACACACUUUGCCAUGGGCAGCUGCUGGCCCUUUGGGCAGUUCCUGUGCCAGCUGAAGAUCGCUCUGCUCGGCGUGCACUUCUACGGCAGCGUCAUGUUCCUCACCCUCAUCAGCAUCCAUCGCUACAUGGCCGUGGUCCGCCACAAAAGCGGCUAUGCCACGAAACGCACGGCUUUCGUUCACAAGGUGUGCGGAGCCGUCUGGCUCCUCCUGCUGGCGCAGGGGGCGUCCUGCUUCGUCCUUCUGGGCACCAGCCAGGUGGGCAACUGCACCCAGUGCCUCAGCAUUCACCAGGGUGAGUACAUCGAAGCGUACUUUGUCAUCAACUUCAUCCUGCUCUUCCCCGCUUUCCUGGUGCCCUUCUCCAUAGCAGCGGCCUGCUACUGUCGCCUGGCUUGCUCUGUGUCGCGCAUCAAUACCAACUCUGCUAAGGGCCAAGCCAUUAAGGCCAGGUCACUCAAGAUGGUGGCCAUCUGCCUUCUGAUAUUUGGCUUGUGCUUUGCCCCGCUCAAUGCAACCCGGACUAUGGGUGUGGUGAUCAAGAAGUUCUACCCUGAGCAAUGCAGCCUACUGCUGAAGGUAGAGACGUCCUACUACGUUGCCUGGAUCCUGGCCUGCGCCAACUGCUGCUUUGACCCAUUGCUCUACUGCUUCGGAUCUCCAGACUUCAACAGAGCCAUGCGCUGCUCCCUCAAGAGGUUUGGACUUGGAUUUCAAAAGGCCCACCCAAAAAAUGAGGAGGACAGUCAGGACCUCCCCACCAGGCCUGCCCAGACCACCACUUUUCUGGAUAAGGAAACAGCAUCCAACUACAGCAUUUGAAUGCACUCAUUAUGUGGUCAAUGUGGCUACUGGGUCGCUUUGUCUUGUUAAGGCUCUGUUCCUAUGUGUAUGUGCCCCAUGUUCUGCAAUCGAAUCAGGACUCAGACAGUUCCAACUGCCGCUCAACACACAGGAUGGUACAUAACUGGUCUUGGAGUGGAAGGGUUUCGGUUGGCAGGAUUUUCUGCAUCUUGCUAAGCAUCCUGUCGCUCAUGUGCCUACCGUCAGGUUUUGCCACCCGUGUCUGAAGUGUUCUCCUUCAGCAUAGUGGCUGUGUAUUUAAUAAUAAUAAAACAGAAUGUGAGUCUUUUAUUAACUAAAUCAACAACAUUUUUUGUUUAUUGUUGUUCAUUUCUAUAGUUUUUCAGUCAUCUUCUCCAAGGGGCAAUGUAGAAUGAUUCAAAUAAACUCUGCACAUUCACUGAUAGAGAAGUUAUACUGGUAUCAUAAGCUUACUUAUAGAGUGGAGUAAAGAAACACUGAACACCGAAUAUCUACGUCCUUUAGUGAAUACAGUUAACCAAAUGCACUGCAUUUUACCACUUAUUGUAAGUGUCAAGACUAAAUAUUCAUUCAUACACAGAAGCACAAUUGACUUCAUUUGUGUUUGAAAGAACGUAGUGACAGUCCAAAGGCUUCAGAUUGCUACAUAUGGGUCCUUGUCUUUUGGAUGAUUUGGAGCAUGUUGGUUUGCUUGCUAUUUUUAACAUAGUGCUCAAGUUGAUUCCACAACCGUGUUGUGAGCACUGUUAUAGGGGUUGCUUAGUGAUACAAUUUUUAAGGGAUUCAGUUUGAAACUAGGUUAUUGUAAGUUUGAUUCUCCCAUUGGAAAACAAUGCACUUCCCAUGAAUUGCUUUAUUAAAAAUGUGGCAGAA